AUGAAGGGUGAAAUUCUUGCUUUAAUGGGGCCUUUCGGCAGUGGGAAAACAACCUUGUUAAAGAUAUUGGGAGGAAGAUUGCAAGAAAAUGUCAGAGGAACUGUCACAUACAAUGACAUCCCAUAUAAUACAGCUAUCAAUAGGAGACUUCCAAGCAAGAUGAGUGGACGUCAGAAGUAUGAAAGAGCUGAAGUGAUUAUUAAAGAAUUAGGCCUGGAAAGAUGUCCUUACACGAGAAUAGGUGUAGGACUUAUUAUAGGCAUAUCUGGGGGAGAGAGAAAAAGAACUAGCAUAGGGUAUGAAAUCCUUGUUGAUCCUUCUCUCUUCUUGCUCGACGAACCAACUUCAGGCCUUGAUUCGUCCUCCGUAAGGAAGGAACGAGUCGGUUCCCCUUUCCGUCUUUCGGGAGGAGCAUCUCAAAGUAUUGGGCAAAGGAUGUUGCGUUUUGACUUUGUCUCCCGGGAUCCACCACAGGUUGGGUUUGAGAGCCGUGUGAUGGGUGACUAUCCAGCACGGUUUGGAGAGCACUUUUUGUCUGCGCUGGUGAAUGGAAGCCCCCUAUCAAGCAAGAAGGAAGCGGCUCUUCCCAGAAUCUUUCUAAAUCACUUCGUGUCAGCGGGGCCUUCAAGCAUCCGAAAUACGCCGGGAUUGACAAUGACAUAG